AUGCGGGUUCGUCGAAGCGCGGAGCGCGACAGGCGCCGGCGGAUCCUGGCAGUGCCGGAGAUAGCCGCGUCGCCGCCCUGCGAGCUGACGACGGCCGCGCACAUCAGUUCCACGGCUGUGGACGUGGACGAAGUCGUCUACUGCGUGCUCGACAGCCUAGUCGACGGCAAGGCUGAGACGGAGAGAGCCGCGACCAGCACGAUCCUGCGCUUCGCAAGGCUGCAGCAAGACUUCACAAUCAGAGCCAUCCUGUACUUCCUGGAAGUCCAGAAGACCACCGAGUCGCACCAGCAUGCGCUGCUGGUGCUGCUGCGCAAGUGCAUCACGCAGUCGCACGAGACCAUCCCGACGGGGCUGCUGCGGGAUGUGCUGCUGUUCAUGCUGAAGGAGCUCAACUUCCUCGGAGUCAGCGACGUGAGGCACUCGGUGAUCAUCGAGACGGUCAACGAGACGGCGGUGCUCUGCCCGGCCUUCUCCGUCGAGGUGAUUCUGGCCUUCAUCCGCGACCUGCGGCAGGAAAGCGCCAUCCCCACUGAGACGCUCUGCAUUUACAUCCGCGUGCUCACCCACGUCUUUGCGAAGGCGGCCAACAACGAUUACAUCAGGAGCGUGGACGUCGUAGGGCAGAUACUGUCCCUCUACGAUCCGUCGACCAUAUGCGUGGAGUCGGGGGAGCUGUGCAAGAACCUAGUGUCCCUGCUGUGCACCCUCUCGAAGGCGCUCCACCCGCUGCAGGAGUGGCAGAGCGCAGAGGACGCUGCGUUCGCGCAGGUGUCGAACCAACUUGUAGAGGCGCUCUCGCUGGAGGAUGUGGCACACCGGCGCUUCGCAGCAUGGCACGCGCGGUACCGGGCGUACCGCCUAUCGGUGGACAAGCCACAAAACGUCCAGAGCGAGACCAUGCCGCUGAAUCAGCUUGGUGCGCUCAUUGAUGGGAGUAGUCCCGAGGAAACCGAUGUUUUGUGGUCAUCACGCUCUGCUGAACAGGGGUCGCAGCAGCCGCGGGACCGGCCUGUCGUGCGAUCGGUGAGGCUGGGAUCGCGCAAGCGAAUCAUAUCGUUCGCCGCGGCGCUAUAUGCAUCCAGAUCGCUGUGCCAACAUAGCGAGCAGAGUUCCGUGGGUUUGCGUGAUGCCGAGAACCCCGCUGUUGGCGCGCCGUCGUCGACGCUCACUCAGACCGUAGGGAGACACCAAAGCUCGAUGGGGUUCGAUAGCGCAAUUGGAGCGCCUAACGUGGCAGAUGGGAAUGCGUGGCGGACACCGACUGAGGUGGACGGCGGUGCAGCGGCAAGUAAUCAGUUGAACGUGCAGCGUUCAGCAAGCUCUAUAGGGACGGGUCAGGUCUCCAAGGAACAAGUGGGGCUGGGCCUUGCAAGCCAGAAUGGGUUCCCCAGUUCGGGUAGCAUGUUCAAGUUGGCUGCACUCGGAAUGCCGAUGUCGGAGGAUGCUGGCGGUGCGAGGCACAUGCCGCACCAAAAAGCCGGGUCGCGUAAUGCACCUCGGACUGGAGCUCAUAUGGUUUUGCAGACUCUCAGCGGCCCAAUGGGGAUACCGACUGUGGGUGUACCUGCUGGAUUCCACGAUGUUCUGGCGCCGCUGUUCACGCUGCUGCUGGAGCGCUCCUUGGCGUCGAUAUACACCAACCCGCCGUUCACCAGCACGUGCCUUGAGGCGCUGUUCGCCAUGGCGCUGCUGUCGAAACACGUAUCGGACGUGGCUAUAGCGCGUUACGGCCUGUCGCUCCUGGACAGCGUUUUGGUGCGCUUCUACCAGUACCUGCCCAACACCCCCUACCAGCCGGUGGCGCGGCAGGGACGCAAGAGCGUGUGGAUGUCGCUGCACAAGGAGUCCAGUGACACAUAUCGCAACAAGAUCGUCACCAUAUUCUCGUCACUCGGGUCGUACGGGGACAAGAUAACCAUGCUGCCGCCGGCGCCCCUGGUGAUGUGCCUGCUGCACCUGUGCAAGGUGCUGCUGCGCAGGCGGCCUCACAUCGUCGUCUGCCAGCUGCCGAACAUAUGCGAGGUGCUGUUCGGGCUCCUGAUCGCCAUGCACGGUUGCGGCAAGGUUGCGCUGCUGGCCUCGUGCGACAGCAGUUUCGUGUCCUACUACAUCGACGAGGAGGACCUGCUGCUCAACCGCAGCGUAGGCAGCGCUUUUCUCGAUGUAGGCUGCGCGUCGUCAUGCAAGGACUUCGUGAGGACCGUGGUGGCGGCCUGCCGGUUCAUGGCUUCAAGCGUCGACACCCGCUGCUACUUCCUGGAAUUCUUGUUCCGCAAGGCGUUGAAAGGGUCGCCUAGGGAAGUUACGGUGGCACUGUUCAUGUUGGGGUGGUCGUGCUCACAUCCGCCGAUAUGUGAGGCCCUGACUGACUCCCGGAGGAGAAGCAGCGCGCCUGCCAGCCUCGGCGUCAGCGGUGCGGUGUUUUGGCGCCUCAUUGACGUCCUGCACACGCUACUAGGGCGCAUGCCGGCGGCCUCUGCGCACCCGCACACGCUGCGUCUGCUGCUCGCCCUCAUAAACCACCUGUCGCGAGGCGACUGGCUGCUUUUACACUGCCUGGUUGGGUACCGCACCGCCCCCAACUACCCCGCCGACUUUUACCCCGAAAAUGCAGCCAUGCGGAUAACCCGGCCUGUAUACGCGCUUAUCGACUUCGUAUUCAGCCUCAAGGUCGUGUACGACCUGGAGAAGAGGAUAGGGGAGAACAACAACAAGGUCCGAGAUCUGGGAAUGAAGCUGGCAUCGGGUUUCUUCCGGAAGAUGUACUGCGGCCAGCAUGCAACCAGUUACGACCUGAGCCUCUUGGUGUGUGGCAGCAGGAGUUUCGAAAAGUUUUUGCUGCCGCAUUGCGGGGAUCCCAUGAUCACAUACCUCCUGCAGCUGCUGCUCACGAAUUCGAAGAUGAGCGUUUUCACGGUGCUUCGGUCGCUCUCGCAGCUCUUUGCCUGGGGCAAUGCCGAGGCGUUCUCAGGGAUGUGUUCCACAACAGUGUUCACGAGGGCGAUGGCCUUUGUGCUGGUAUAUCUGCACGACCCCGUGAACUACUUCGGCGAGGCGUUCGCGGCCGCGAAGGUGCUGCCGUAUCUGUCGGAGUUGGUGCUUGGUGAGCGACUUGAGCUGUGCGACGGCACUCGGCCUAAAUCACACUACUGCGGAUUAGACUCCUACGUACUAUCGUUCGACCGCGGAGACUGCUAUGGCCACCUGAGUGGAGUCGACCAUAUAGUGCUGCAUUUCGAAAAGGUUUCGCGCCUGUUCCAGAAGAUGGUCGCCCUGAGCUCGUUUGAGUCCGUAGCCGUGGUGAUGGUCAACCAGCUUGCUAGGAUAUGCCAAAGCCUGAAGCCACCGACGACCACGUAUGCGUCGCUGCUGAAACUGAGCAACGUGCAGGCGUCCAGUUCCUUGACGAUGUACCACAGACUGGGCAUUUUGCAUAUUAUGGCAGCUUGUUCCAGAUGCUCCGUGGACCUCUGUUCGUCGCUCAUUGAUUUCCUCCUGGGGUUCAGAGGGCAGGCUUCGCAGGUCGCCUGGGAUGCUAAAUUCAGCUCAGACUCGGGAGUGCCUCCGUUUUCAACCGUGUUGGGCAAAUGGGCGCCCCUGACAUUGAACGUGUGCGAGCAGAUGCGUUACACCAUGCUGCAGUUGCACGAGUUCAACCGCCACUCUGCACAAGCUGCAGCUGGCAACAACGGUAGCCCCACAGCGAAUGGCGUUAUAUCCACCAAAUACCCUGAAAACGUCGACCGAUGUUCUGAGGACAUCUCAAUUGACCUUUCGCUACAGGAUGACCGUCUGUACUUCACAGUGCAAGCAGAUGAUUACCUGCAUCACGAGUCACAGACACUUCGCGGCCUUAUUUUGGGCGCGCUGGGGAUGCACCAGCAGUACUACCACUGUGUGCUCUGGAAGGUCUACUACGGGUUGCGAAGCCGGCUUCCCGGAAGCGCUGUGAUCUUCACGAAGUUUGCCACUCUGAGUUUCGGUGAAGACCUAAAGGUGGUCGCGCUCACUGCCCUGGCGUACCUGUACGCUCGAGCCCCUGCCAACCUGGUAGAUGCGGGCAUGAUGACAGGGUUGCAUGUCAACCAUUCUGAAACGGCUUAUGACACGGAAAGACCGACGCCAGUUGCGUCACCAGUCUCCAGAUAUAUCGAGCAGCUGGCAACCCCAACUGAUGAGGCGGCAUUGGUGGACAUGUAUACCUUCUGUUUCCGAGAGGGUUGUGAGAAGGCGGUGUGCACUGACCUGGCAGGGGACAACGGUCUGCUGCGGUGCGUGGUGGCGCCCAUGCUCUUCUUCCUCUUACACGAGACCGACAUAGGGACACAGCACGCAGUCGCACGAGCGUUACAUUACGUCAUGCGCGCCGCAAAGUCGAAUCAUGCUGCUCGUGCGAUAUGCAGGUUCCCAUAUGUUGCUCUGAACCGCGUACUGUAUUUCGUUGCAAGUCUAACUUCUCGCGACUUUGCCGCCAACCAGCUGUACGACCCGACGCCUAUACGACAGCAGUGCGCACAUAUGUUCAACCGAGCUCGAUGGGAUCUCAACUUCCCGGCAGUGCGUGCAUUCGAGUCGGCCCCCCUCAAGCCUGCUGCAGACGGAGUUACAUGCUCGAACGUGGCGUUGGCGUUUUUCAGCGCAACGUGCCUGCUCUCCGACUACGUGACAUCGGCGGACGAUGUUUUGCCGGUUCUGCAUCUGGUGUUGUCCUUCGGCGAUGUUUGGGAGGGGCUCAAAAGGCUGCCAAGCAGUUCGUCAGACCAGUUGAGCGCGUCGGGCUCCAUUGAUGUCAAAGCACUCACCGUUCGCUUCAUGAAAAAUUGUGUCGCCAAGGCCGGGUGGAAGCGGUUGUCACAAGUACUGUCAAUGGCGCUAUUUAUGAGCGAAGGUUUCCCUGCCGGCAUGGUCGAGCAUAGAGUCUCUUUGGUCCUUGGGCUUCUGAGUGAUAUGGAGCCAUCCUCUGUAACCAAGGUACACGAAGAUGACUUUCACAGUGGAAAUAACAUACAAGGUAGUUUGGAGCAUACAUCUGAUGGUUCAGAGGUAAUUGAUGCGGUAAAGGGCGAUUCAGCGCCAUUAUCUGCGACUGACCAUGUCGAAACUGGCCUUGCGGCAGCAGAUGCGCAACAAUCAGCGGAGUCGUCACCGCAGGAAAACCAGCACGAGGUUCUUACUGUGCAGAACAAUGUAAAAAACGCAGCGAAAAUAAAUGCGGCUGAUGACGGGGAGGAGGAACAUUGGGGUUUCGUUGACUGCGUGCUGCUGCUUUGGGCACACAUGCUGCACCUUGAGUACGGAAGCAAAAUGAGAGAGGCACUGCACGCGUGUCUUAAAAAGUUGCUUUGCUUUGAAAAAUCAGGUCAAUCGUUGUUCGCUGCAUCGGAGGAUCAUCUGGACAAAGCUAUUGCGCUAGACAAGACUGUAGCUGGCCCAGCAGGUCAAGAGCCGUUUGUCACCGCCAUCACUCACGGAGCACAAACAGCGUUGAAUGCAGGCGACAUGCGCGGGGCAGAGAAGAGUGAGCCGCAAUACAGCAACAUACCUGCCGUGACCACGGAGGUGGGAAAUAAGACACCAUCCAAACUGCCGUACAUUGCGAAUGUCGAACGGAUAGACCUGUUGAUACCGAAGGGGUCGUUAAUGAUGGCGCUGCUUUGCUGCAUGAAAUAUCUCUCCGCCUCAAGCUGCCUGUCUGGACCUUUUGCGAACAUCCUGCAGCUAAUAUUGCAGCAGAGGUAUUCAGACCUGGACCACCAGCACCUGGAGUCAAUCCUGGCAACCAUAUUCAGCAACUUCUCCAGCUCAUUCGAGAGCCAUGAGGUGCCGUGUUCCACGCAUAACUUUGUUGUGGACCUCGCCCAGACGGAUUUCGAAGUGCUCUGCAACGUUAUCUUCGCACCGAAUUGCAAUUAUUCAAAGAGCUUCAAACUUUCAGUUACGGCGCUCAUAACGCACGACCCCUUCCUGACACUGCAGUUGCUUGACUUUUUGGAAAGGUGCAUGAUGGCUGGGUACCAGCAUUUGGGGUAUGCACGUCACAGCGUCUCCAUGGACUAUAUUAUGGACUUCGUGGGGCACAUAUACGUGAAUUGCGACGCCGGAAUAUUGCACUCUGAUGAAGGGGUCAGAUUUGUCACGACACUCGUAAUCCAUUCCUUAUGCAUCACGAGAUCCAACUCAAGAGAUUCAUUACCCACUUUGCAGCGCUUGGCAGCGCUCGUGGGUCAAUUGGGAGCACGUGUCAAUGCUAUCCGUCAUGGAUUGGACGCAAAAGAGCACGUUAACGUGGAGCCAAAAGGUAUGCAACAGGGAAAUGGCAAUGUUGAGGCAACAAAGGAAGACAAUAAUCUUCGUCGGGUGGCUUCGAAGCUACGCCGUAGCUGCAGGUCGUUAGUUACAUCGUCGGAAUCGCACCAACAGCAAUUUUUACGGUUACUGGAUCGUCUGUUGCAUUGCCAAAAUGAGUUUAAGCGGGGACUGCUCUCCGCUUGCCUCUCUAUUUUAUGCAACCUCUUGCGUGAAAAGGCAUUAAGGCGUUACACAACAGCGAUAAUAGGGAUUAUCAAGAAGAUUGGGUCUCUCAAAGAGCUGCGGAAAUUCUACUACCGAUCUGUGCACUAUUUUUUGCUGGGUUUGGAUGGUGCGGAAUGUGGAUUGUACACGCAUAAUUGCAUCCUCAAGGGGUACCGUAGGCGCCGUGCGAAGGUUAAUGGGAGCAUUAAGUUAAAUAUAUCCGCGGACGGUGACGAUGUAUAUUUAAGAACUGAGCUACUUAGUGCAGUCAGAAAUGAUGGCGGUGCAAAUUCACCGACCACGGCACUGGCAUUGGGAGCCUUUUCGAAAGGGAGGACGGAAAAUUCCAUCAAUUUGCUGCAAUCGCUUUUGGACGAACUGACGGCUUCGUUGAUGAAUGAUCUUUCGAAGCCGCCAUCGGUUGGCAAUAUGCACUGUCUGGAAAGAGCGGCGUCAAGUUUGAUAAGGUUCGUGACUGAGAGCAGGGGUUACCGAGUGCGCGAUUUCCGUGCUUUGGUGGCGCAGUUGCUUCGGAUGCACACAGUGCUGAUCGGCACCGACCAGCGCGUGCUUUGCGCCUUUGCGGAACUGUAUCUGGCAAUAGCAGAUUGGCUGGAAUCAUGCAUUUCGCGAGGUUAUGUUAUGCCCGUCGAAGUACAGCGGCACCUCCUGCCUCCGCUGGGCCUGUCGAUUCUGCACGGGUCGGUCUCAAUGCGCUCUCAAAGAAAAUAUAGACGGCUGACCCGCGUACUUGCUGGGCUGUUAAGUGACGCAUUCCCUAUUCCGUUAAGCGUGAACUCGUCCAGUCGUGGUUGGUUGAAGUCGGUGCUGUUGCGGCGGCCAUUUGCGGCGCAUUCGAAAUUCCCCUAUCUGCAGCUGUGCAUGUGCGGUUGUAACAAUCCGGAACUGACUCACACGACCGGUGAACGUUUUUGCGUAUGCCAUGCCUUUUACUUGCUCGACCUGUUCAGCAGCUGCUUCCCGAGCUACUGUUGGAACGUGGAACUCGGAAUGACGGAGAACAUCGAUUCGGAGAUUGCGCGUCUACGGCGGGACGAACAUGUGAAGCGCACGUCGCAAGUGCUCUUCGGUAGCCUAAACGAUUUCACUCCGAGCCAAUCGCUGGUGCUGGGUGACCUGGGAUCGAUGUCGCGAGAUGAGACGUUCACGGACGAGAGUGGUGACUUUGUUGAUAUAAGCUCCGCUUACAAGGUGCGGGUCGAACACUACAAGUCGGGAUCACAGCGCAAUGCACUAUCUAACAUGACGUCUAGUCAAUCGUUGGGAGCUAUGAUGACGGCGAGGUCGAUGCGUAGCUCGUCUUUCAACAACGCAUACUUUGACCACAAGGAAUACAACGAAAGCCAUGCGGUGGACGUCUCAUCCGGGAGAAGUGGGGGACCCCUCCGUGCCAUGUCCGCCGACUCAAAACGCGUCGGCAUACAUACGCAAGGCAAUAUAUAUACGAAGUUAUUAAGCUUAUCGCCGUCGCGUUCGUUUGACAAUAUAAGGACGGUAGCAUCGGCCACACCACGUGAAGCAGAAAUGCCAUUAUGGCUCGACUUGAGUCUGCCGAACCACGAUGCUAAACGCUUCCUUUAUCAACAGUCUCCACACGCAUCGAGGGGUGUUAUUGGUGAUGAAUCGCAGCUCAAUGAAGAAGCUGAGAAUGAGUCGCCUGUCCGCGUUGCCUCGCACGGAGACGUGGGCGUCAAUCUCAAUUCGUCAUGCGGCAGCCUUUGCACUAGCCUUGACGUACCCAUUGACCAUGUCAGCGAUCCCUCUCGUGUUUCAGAAGUUUCUACGACUCUUCAAAGGAGCCUAAUGUUCGGGCACCAAUAUGGCGAAGGACCUGUAGGUGAAGCAUCCAUGCAACUGAGUACGAGUGAUUUGGGUGAUUCUAUAAGCGAAAUUGAUGCUUCGCCCUCCUACGGCUACCCACAAGCAGAACUCAGUUUUGAUAAAAACAGGAUUCGCCUGAACAGGGCAAAAAGAGACGUUUCGAACUCGCGUGGUUCAUCAGAAGAGCACCUCAGUGUUACGGGUUCAAGUCGGAGCGCUUUGUCAUAUCCUUUGUCCUACGCAAAUGCUGGGAUCGCCGAAUUCAGCGAGUACAAGCCACCUGUAUUGGUAAAAAAAGGUUUGACAGAGGAGAUAAUGAAAAUAGAAGACAGCUUGAUUCCCUCUGCAUACAUCGGUUCUCUCCGAAGCUUAAGUUUCAGGUGGCCUUCAAGAAAACGUUCUCUGGGCAAGGCACUGAAUUCUUUGCCAUGCUUACCGUCGCUGUUACCCAUUUUAACCAUCGCAGAUUUCCAGGUCGAAAUUGACGGGCAUCUGCGUAGAAUAAAUGUGUUUAAUGGCGAACGCAAGAAUAGCCUUAAGUCAUUCGACACGUCGACAGUCGGGCAAAGUCUCUCCUUUUUCGACAUAUCGAAUCUUGAAUGCAUCUGGAACACCACUCUGUAUACUUCACCCAUGGUAUACCGGUUCAUGCUUCUCAGCAAAUAUCUUAAUAGACCCAAAAUAUAUGCCUGCAUUCGCGAGGAUCAAGGUGUUUCACGUCCUCCACCAGGUCAGGGGGCAGUCACCCCCACUGUGGCAUCUCCCUAUACUGCGGCGCAGCCAGAUCGGCCAGCGAGUCUUGGCUGCGAUCAACCGCAGGAGCCAACGGUCCCGGAGAGUGUGAUGAUUAAUGCAGUUCGAGGUGCAGCUGCUAUUCUGCAUAUGGCGCUACUGCACCUGACAAACGAGGAAGUUGUUUUGCGUCAGCACAUCGUCGACAAAUGGCCACGCUGCUUCUUGGAAAUGGCACGCUAUAAUGCGGUGCUGCAUUUCGAGGCACUGGCGCAGACUGUCAGCAAGCAGCUUUGCAAAAUGCUGGAAGGGUCCUCCGGACUUUUGAAACGCGUUCUGCUGGAGUCGAUGGAGAUGUUCGCGGUGGUGCUCUCGAGCUCCAAUCCUGACACUUAG